AUGGCUGAUUCGCAGGCCAAGACGAUAACAGACACGAGCGUCCCGCUGGAGAAGGGUACCGAAGCCGGAGCUAGCACUGGUCCACCAGCACCGACCGGUCCUUCCGACGCCUCUGUGAAGCCUGAGCAGGGUGGAGCAACAGCAGCGGACGAGACGGCGACGGAGAAAGACGAAUCUCCUCCAGCUGCCGCAACGGCCUCUACGCCACUAUCAGAUCUCUGGACCGCUGCUGAAGCUAGUGGACACCCUGAAAUAUGGGGCGUCACCCUUCAGGAUCCCACUGCGCACGUUCCGUCCCAGAUCGUGUUCCAAAAGUUUCUGAACGCCAAUGAUGGGGAUUUUGCGAAAGCCAAGGAGCAGUUGAUCAAGACUCUGGAGUGGCGAGCAAAGUGGAAGCCUCUAGAUUUACUCAACAAGAAGUUCAGUAAGGAGAAAUUCGACGGUCUUGGGUAUGUCACUUCAUACGGUGAAAGCUCCCCUGAUUCAAAGGAGGUCUUCACCUGGAACAUUUAUGGCAUCGUGAAGUCUAUGGAAUCUACCUUUGGGAACGUUGAUGAGUUCAUUUCCUGGCGUGCUGCACUCAUGGAGCUGGCACUUCAAGAGCUUGGCUUGUCGGGAGCCACGAAGCCAAUCACCGCUGAUGAGGAUCCUUACAAAAUCUUCCAGGUUCACGACUACAAAUCCCUCAGUUUCUUUCGCCAGAAUCCAGCUGUGAAGGCAGCAUCAAAGGAGACGAUCCAAGUCUUUGGCCUGGUAUACCCGGAGCUUUUGAAAGAGAAAUUCUUCGUCAACGUUCCGGCAAUCAUGGGUUUCAUGUACGGGGUCAUGAAGCUUUUUGUCGCGCCCAAGACGAUCAAAAAGUUCCACCCAAUGAGUAACGGUGGUGCUCUUGCCCAUGAAUUUGCCGAGAGUAAGGUUGCCGAUUUGGGAGAAAAGCUGCCCGAGGCAUACGGCGGGAAGGGCGCAAAUCUCCAGACGCAGGGCAAGUCCACUUUGCUGGAGUAA